AUGCCCAAUGUGCCCCGGGGUACCCCUCUGCCUUGCUCCCCUAUACCGAUCACUUGCUCGGCGCCUAAAUCGCCUCCACCAGUCGAGUCUCCAUUAACUGCUCCGGCCACUGCACACACUCCUAAACCAUCUUAUCCUAUGGUCACAAGGAGUAAGAACAACAUUGUCAAACCUAAUCCUAAAUAUGUGCAGGUUGUGACAGCUUCGACGGAGACACCACCACUUGAGCCAACUUUUGUCAAAGAUGUAGACACCACAUUUUGUCCGGUCUGA